AAAUAAAGACAAUAAGCAAACCCAAAAAGAAAAAGAAAAAGAAAAAGAAAAAGAAAGAGCGAAGAAAGAAAAAGAGUAAGCAACCAAACCAAAUCUCCCUCCCUUCUUUCUCUUCCUUCCUCUUCUUCCCUCUCCUCCUUUCUCUCUCCUCUGUAUAUUUUGUGUGAAUGUAUGUACAAUUUUGAAUCUCCUUUGACUCUUUUUCACUUUCUUCCAUGGAAAAAACCACUGAAACAAGAGAGAGAAACUAGAGAGAGAAAUAAGAGGAAAACGACGUCGGAGAAAGGAGAGAGAAACUUGACAGUCAAAUGUGAUGGGAAGCGGCUUCUCUCACCUCAUCCCAUGUCUGAAACCCGAUUAUUACGAUACUACCAACAAUCAUACUCGUAAAAACGAAGAAAACACUACCCAUAACAACCUUGGUACCCACCAAGACCAGGUUGUUUUUGCGGCGGACCAACCCUUAGACGAAACCCUAGGACACUCUUUUUGUUACGUGCGUUCUUCUGCACGUUUUUUAUCUCCUACUUCUUCGGAUCAUUUUCUUUCUCCUUCUCAUUCUUUUCGUUUUGAGGAUAGAUCCGACCUGACUCGUUCUACUGGGUUUCGGACUAUUUCUGGUGCUUCAGUUUCAGCUAACACUUCCACACCUCGUACAGUUGAAGUAGAUACUUCGAGUUCUUCACUUCUUUACGGGUCGAGUUCAAUUGUUAACGGGUUUGAUUGUACGCCGUCGUUUUCAGCUCUUCCUUUACAACCUGCACCUCGAGGUGGGGACAAGGAUAAUUCCGGGUUCUUCCUCUCGGGUCCGAUCGAGCGUGGGGCAUUGUCGGGUCCUCUUGAUUCGGGUCGGAUUCCGUUCUCGGCUCCACUUGGUGGGACUUACAAGAAGACUAAGAAAAAGAAGAGCAAGAGUUUUAAGAAGUUGUAUAGAAGCUUGUCGGAGAAGAAACGGCAGUGGGUAGUUCCAGUAGUUGGGAGGAAAGAGAAAGAGAGUGUUCUAGAAGACGGGGAAGUUGGUGGGAGGAGAGAAGAGAAUGUGCUGGAAGAGGCUAGUAAUGUAAAUGUACAGUGGGCCUUAGGGAAAGCCGGGGAGGAUCGGGUUCAUGUGGUUGUUUCGGAGGAACUUGGGUGGUUGUUUGUUGGGAUUUAUGAUGGGUUUAAUGGCCCGGAUGCGCCAGAGUUUUUGAUGGGUCAUUUGUAUAAAGCUGUGUUUGGUGAACUCAAAGGAUUGUUUUGGGAUACUAAUGAUGAUAACAAUGACGUUGUAUUAGAAAGAGUGCCUAAUUGUGGCGAAAUUGAGAGUGAAAUCGUCAAUUUAGAUGCUGAUAUGGAGAAAAAUCGUGGUGGUGGGGGUUCCGUGGUGAAGAAGGUGACAUUUGAGGCGGCACUGGAUAAGAAGGAGGUGGUCAGGAGGAAAUUGUGGGAAUUUUUAGCGGAGAAUGAGGCGGAAGAUGGGCUUGAUCUAUCAGGGUCGGAUAGGUUUGCCUUUUCCGUUGAUGACGCGGUUAGUGUUAGUAAUGCGGGGUCGGCUGUGAGUAGGAGAUCUUUGUUGUUGUCGAAAUUGAAGCAAGGUUUAACUAGGACUAAAGAUGGGGGGAAUAGUAGAGGAGGAGGGUUGUUUCAAUGGAGAUUUGGUGUAGAGGAGAAGGAUAAAGUAAAUAAUUUGGAAGAGGAGAAUAGAGUUGGGGAGGAGAAAAUAAGUAAUAGUGGUAGGAGGCGAAAGACAGGUCUUGUGGAUCAUGAAUUGGUUUUGAGGGCUUUGUCGUUGGCGUUGGAGAAGACGGAAGGCGCUUAUUUGGAUUUGACUGAUAAGGUGAUUGAUCGGUACCCAGAGCUGGCAUUAAUGGGUUCGUGUUUGUUGGUUGUUUUGAUGAGGGAUGAAGAUGUGUAUGUGAUGAAUUUAGGGGAUAGUCGUGCUAUUGUUGCACAAUUGGAACCACAAGAGAGUUGUAAUCUAGGACUAAUAAAGAAGACAGAAUGUGGGUCUAGUACUGAAGGGAUUGUGGAGGAAGGCAUUAAUGUUGGUGAGAAGCUAAGCAGUGUGGUCGAUGAGAUUCCCUUGGAAGCUAUGAAGCUGGUUGCAUUGCAGCUCUCAACUGAUCAUAGUACUAGUGUUGAAGAUGAAGUUCUAAGAAUUAAGAGUGAACAUCCAAAUGACAGCCAUUGCAUAGUCAAUGAUAGAGUAAAAGGUCGGCUUAAGGUUACUAGAGCAUUUGGAGCUGGGUUUCUAAAACAGGCCAAGUUUAAUGAUUCGUUAUUGGAGAUGUUUAGGAAUGAAUUCAUUGGUGAUGCACCAUAUGUAUCAUGUGUUCCUUCUCUUCGUCAUCACAAGCUUGGACGUAGAGACCAGUUCUUGGUUCUCUCGUCAGAUGGAUUAUAUCAGUAUUUCAGUAAUCAGGAAGUGGUUUCUUUUGUGGAGAAUUUCUUGGAGAAAUUUCCAGAUGGAGAUCCUGCACAACAUCUUAUAGAGGAGCUUCUGAACCGAGCUGCCAAAAAAGCAGGUAUGGAUUUUCAUGACUUAUUGGAUAUCCCACAAGGUGAUCGCCGGAAGUACCAUGACGAUGUCACUGUUAUGGUCAUUUCUCUUGAAGGCAGAAUUUGGAAGUCUUCUGGGAAAUAUCCUUAAAAUAAGUUCAUUUAAAAAGUAACAAUGUGGCUCUUUUUAUUCACCCAAGUGGAGAUGGAUACAACAAAAUCGAUAAGGGAAAGAUCAAUUUGAACAUAUGUUCAGCCGAGGAGGUACCUUGGAAGGGAAAUGUAAACUCAGUUCUCCUGAGUUUGUCCCAAAAUAAGUCCUAGAGCUUAAAUGCAACCAUCGGAAGACUGCAAAAAGGUACCCAAGAAGGCGACAGUUGGGGAUGGAGAAAGUUUGAGAAAAAAUACAGGUUGGGAUUGUUGGGAAUUUGAAAGGAAGGGGUUCCAUUUUUUUUUUCUCUCCAUUGGCAUUGGGGAUUUUGCUUAGUUAGAGUAGUUACUAGCUAGAGGCUCUUUCAUUCAUUUUUUUUCUAUGUUUUUUUUUUUUUUUUUUUUUUGCCUUUUUUUUUUUUUUUUUUAAUUUUAGAGCCUAAAAGAGGGGUAUAAGGCUUAGGGGGAACAAAAGGAAAGGUUACAGAAUCACUAAUGUAAUUUCUGUAAUUUGGUGGGCGUAAAAAAGGUGAAGCAUCUGUAAUUUCAAGGGGUGUAUUUUCACUAAUAUAAUGUAAUUUCUCUCCUAGUUGAUAUAUUCUUUAAAUUAGUCAUGUCCCAGAAAAUCUGAAGAAAUCUAAACUAAUUUAGGAAACUUUAUUGACAAAUUGCAAGUUUCAUAAAAUUAUCUCAAUUUUUUCUGGCGAAAGGCUCAAAAUCCUGUAAAAUAUCACCAAUUACACUUGAAAGGUUUAGGCCCUUUUCAUUUGGUAGUUUACAAGCUUUCAAUUUGAAUUUUGCAUUUCUGUGCUUUUGAGAAUCUUCAGUAUGUAAUUUCCUUGGUUUUAAAAAUGCAAUUAGUGUUGAGUUGUUUGGCAAACCGGAAAUUAAUGAUAAUAUAUCUGAUCUGAAUUUAACUUAAUUAAGUAGGUUUGAGAUAAGAGCUUAUUAUGGGUUCAAUUUUACUAU